CUGACAUCACUCUAAAAUCAGGAACCAGCAGGGACACUCACACUCACACAUACCCAAAAAUAAAGAAGUAACAAACAGAAAGCUCUGCCGUUUUGCCACGGUCACUGUUAGGCUAAAACUUAUAUUUUUAUCUGUUCUUGGCUUUUAUUUAGGGUCCCUGGGAGCUUUGUGGCCCCCAGUGGGUAAGGUGUUUGCGAGGAGUUUUUAGUUUCAUUUAGUAAGAGGAAAUUUAAAGUUGUGCAAUGGCACUGGGGGUGUUUUGAAAGCAAUUGAGAAAGCGCAUCGAGCUAGAGUGUGUGAAGCGGAGAAGACUCCAUGUUGUCUUCAUACAGAAUGGAGGGGUACAUCAUCCCACCUAAAAAAGGCUGGACUGGCUGGAUGUCACAGGCCCCAUCUGAAUUUAAAGAUUACUGGGCACUUGUAAAUAAAGAUCCAACAGAAGAUAUGAUCUACGAACCUGACAUCUAUCGACAACAGAUGGAAUAUCAAUACAUCAUCGAUGGAGAAGGCCAGAAUGAUCAUACUUGGGAGUACAGUACACACCAUGUCCACCCUGGGGACUUUGAGAAUUUGACAGAGAGCCACUUCACGGAGCUUCAGAGUGUGCAGCCAGUUCAUCCUUCCAGUGUGCAUCGCUUUACUGAGGUUGAGCCGAGCCAUUUUCUGGAACCCAGUCUGACUGGACACCAUCUGGGACUGCCUCCUGCACAGGUGGCUUGUUUGCCCCGGCCGCCUGUGUAUUACCCACAUAAUGUCCAGCCCUCACCUCUCCUGCGCAGCUCCGACGACGAUGACCCCGGCAGCCGCAGUCCGCCUCUGGAAGUGUCCGAUGAGGAGUGUAUGAGGGACCACAUCAGCUCUACCACCGGCUUAGAACAUGGAAACAAGAAGAAAAUUCGUCUGUAUCAGUUCCUGCUGGACCUUCUGCGAAACGGGGACAUGAAGGAUAGCAUCUGGUGGGUGGACAAAGAAAAGGGAACUUUCCAGUUCUCCUCUAAACACAAAGAGGUCCUGGCCCACCGCUGGGGAGUGCAGAAAGGCAACCGCAAGAAGAUGACCUACCAGAAAAUGGCCAGAGCACUGAGAAACUACGGCAAGACCGGAGAGGUCAAAAAGAUCAAGAAGAAGCUCACAUACCAAUUCAGUGGUGACGUGCUGGGAAAGAGCCACAUGGAAAGGAAGCUGUACAUGUAAAGAGGCAGAAAGGUGGACAUAGAGCCCAACAGACAGACAGAAAAAAAAAAUGAAAGAGAUAGAAAGGUGAGACUUUCUGUCAGUCUGCUGAAGAAAGAGCUCUACUCACUGGACCUGAAGCAUUAGACUAUUUGCUUGCCAUUUACCUUCCUUUUUAUAUUAUUCACUUUUGCAUUAAUUCAGUCAACCUUCUAUUCCAGAGCUCACACUUCCAUUUCCAAUGCCACAUGUCUAAAAAGCUUUCAAUUCUCUAAUCAGAAGAGAAAGGUGUAAUAUAUAGACAGUUAAGACUCUCACCCUUUAUAAAGCUCAAAUGUGAGUGAGCUGAAAAAUGAAACGAAGCAGCUCUUGUGUAGAAGCUGUUGUUAACUGAUCAUAAGGGGGGGCAGUUGUGGGCGGGGGUGGAUGGUGUAUCACAAAAAUACAAAAGCAGAAGUGAAAACAAAUGACACAGGCUCACGCUGUACGGAAAAUACGGCUGUCUCGUCUGGCCAGCACACAGGGGGUGAAUCUGUAAAGGGUGCUUUUCUUAAAAAAGAAAUAUUAAUAAUAAUUUUGUAUAUGAAUAAAUCUUUUUUAAAAUGGUACAAAAUGUAAAAUCAGAAUGCUUAAAAAAUCUUUACAUUUCUUUAGAGGGAACUGGUUUUACAAUGUCCAUUCUUUAUCACUGAGUUCAAAUGGAAGCAAUACAGUUUUGUCUCAUGAUAAAGCUUGAAAUUAAUUUUCAUUUUCUAAGGGGUUCUUUAUUGGUCAUUCAGUCUAGCACUGUUAUAAGGUCUUUAUAUGAACACUGAGCUUCACUGAUUCUCAUCUUGAUUAUUAGAGCAUUGAAAAAAAAAACUGAUAUUUAAAAUAUAUUUAAUGAAUAAAUGUCAGACAUUAUAACAUCGUUAUAAAUGUCAGACAUUAAAAUCAAAACUAUGCAUGUUCAUUCAUAGUAGAACACUGUUGCUUUUGUCUUUUUUUGACUCACCAGCACCCCCUGUCAAUACAACCAUAUUCAUAAA